AUGACCGGAAUUAGCGUUAGAUUUAAGGUUCCUCCGUUAGCCGAAUCAAUUUCUGAAGGCACACUCGCAAAAUGGAACAAAAGUAUUUCGCUUUUUCAGACUGGUGAUUUUAUAAAACAGGAUGAAGAAAUUGUGACAAUCGAAACUGACAAGGUCGAUGCUCCAGUUAAUUCCCCUUAUUCCGGCAAAAUACUCGAAUUAUACGCAAAUGAACAAGAUACCGUAGUUGUGGGUCAAGAUCUUUGCAAAGUGGAAUUGGGUGAUGUCACUGCUGCUGAAGCGGACUCUUCAAAAGCGGAUUCUCCAGAACCAGAACCAAAACAAAAGGAAGAUACACCUCCACCAGAAUCAAAACCCUCAGAGACUCCUUUCAAAAUUUCAACACCAUCCACACCUCCUCCCUCUCAACUUUCCGUACGUCCACCAUCCUCUACACCUCCACCCUCUACACCUCCACCAUCCUCUACACCAUCACCCCCUCCACCACCUUCCACACCUCAAAAACCAUCACAACCUUUAAGUAAAGCAAAAGAUGAUGUAUCUCCUUAUGGUGAAAGAGAAGAUCGUAAAGUCAAGAUGAACAGAAUGCGCUUGAGAAUUGCCGAACGUCUGAAAGAAUCACAAAAUACUGCUGCCUCAUUAACAACCUUCAAUGAAAUUGACAUGACCAACAUUAUUGAGCUUCGUAAUACUUACAAGGAUGCAAUCCUCAAGAAGCAUGGUGUCAAACUUGGAUUUAUGUCUGCAUUUGUAAAGGCAUCUACUUUUGCACUCCAAGAAGUUCCAGCUGUCAACGCAUCUAUAGCAGAGUCCGGUGAUACCAUCAUAUAUAGGGACUACGUUGAUAUGAGUGUUGCAGUUGCUACACCGAAGGGUCUUGUGACUCCUGUGAUUCGCAGCGCCCACCGAUUAUCAUUUAUUGAAAUUGAAAAGAUUAUUGUUGAAUUGGGUCAAAAGGCUCGAGAUGGGAAAAUGACCAUCGAAGAUAUGGCUGGGGGUACUUUCACUAUUUCUAAUGGAGGUGUAUUCGGCUCACUUCUUGGAACUCCAAUUAUUAACUUGCCUCAAAGCGCGAUAUUGGGAAUGCAUGCCACAAAGGAUCGUCCCGUCGCAAUCAAUGGCAAGGAACGUAGUAAUGAAAUUACAAAAUUACCAGGAAC